AACGAUAUACUUAUUUUAACUGUAACUACCAAAAAGUGAGUGUGGGUGUUAUUUGUGAUAGAUAUUAUUAGCCAAAAGAAGAUCGUCCCUUUUCUUCCCUUUAUUAUGGUUGAUCAACUGUGGUUUCCACAACAGAAACACCUAAAUCAUUUGUCAUUCGAAGGUGAUGAUGCUAUAUGCAAGGAAAUGUGGAAGGCCUGUUCUAGUUCAAUAUUGGAUGUUUCAAAGGCUGGGGAGAGAGUGUACUACUUUCCAAGACUUCAUAUGGAGCAGCUGGAGCAAUCAACCAAUCAGGAAUUGACUGAAAGAAUGCAAUUGUCCAACUUGCCCCCAAAGAUCCUUUGCCGUGUUCUUCACAUUCGUUUUCUGGUUGAACACGAGACAGAAGAGGUUUAUGCUGAGACCAUAUUAUUGCCAAAUCAAGAUCAAAAUGAGCCAGCAGUUCCGGAAUUCAGUCCUCUCGACACUCCAAGGCCCCAGUUUCAAUCGUUUUGCAAGGUCUUAACUCAAUCUGAUAUAAAAUGCAAUUGGGGACUGUCCGUGCCCCUCAAAGAUGCUGUCAAAUGCUUUCCUCCCUUGGACAUGGCACGAGAAAAACCAUCCCAAGAACUGAUAGUUAAGGAUCUUCAAGGCUAUGAAUGGCGCUUUAAACAUUCAUACCAAGGCAAACCAAGGAGGCAUUCGCUCACAAGUGGCUGGAGUACAUUUGUUACUAGAAAGAAAUUGCUUGCCGGGGAUUUAGUUGUCUUCUUAAGGGAUGAAACUGGCAAACUACAUGCUGGGAUUAGACGUUUAUCUUAUCAACACUGUUCUGUUGGAGCAUCAACAUUUUCAAGACAAAGCAUGGAAGGGGUUCUUGCAGUUGCUUCUCAUGCCUUUGCAACCCGAAGUCUCUUUUUCGUCUACCACAAGCCAUGCUACAAUAAAUCAAGUCAAUUUAUUAUGAGCAUAAGCAAAUAUUUUGAAGGUGGAAACCAUGGGCGUGGAGUUGGCAUGAUAUCUAGAAUGCAACACGGAGAGGAGGACUCUCAUGCGAGAAGAACAAAUGAUUUGGAUCUUAUGCUUGAGGAGGAUCAAUACAUGCAAGACGCGCCCAGCUCUGCUCAACCUACUAUGAUGGUGCUGGAGAUCAGGCAACAGCCAGUUCAAUGGCUUAACAAUAUCCAUCGGUUUGCCCCUGUAGAGGACAAUGUACUGCAAUUGCAAACAGCAGUUGUAAGGGUAAAUAAUGAGGGAUCUUUUCCGAGUGGAACUGUAGCCAUCCAACCUCAAGAUCAGGACUUUUAUGAGCUAUUCAAGGAAAUUGACUUUGCAGACUCUACAAACACUAGUCUUGAUAUUGUACCUUUGGAUUGGAAUAGUGAUUGGUUCAGAUCAACCAUACAAGAUUUCGAUGAAUGGCUUGAAGAGCAGGAAAAGACUAUUCCUCCCGGUCAGCAGACUUCUUCCAUAUCGGAGCAUCCAACUUCCUUCCAAGAGAUGUCUAUCUCUUCUACCCCAAGUCAAAUUCCCUAUGAAGGACCUGGUCGCGGGGACGAGCAAGUUCCUUGGGGAGGCAUAAGUUCGAUUUUGAAGGACAAAAAUUAAAGACCAGUCCAUUUGAAGGGAAACCGUGCAAUUACUUCAUCAGAAAACUGUCUAAUUUGUUCUGGCAUUCUUUCGGGUUCUUGUUGAUCUGAUCUAAGCUGAAAAUGUUUCGACCACAGGCUUCUCUAACCCUCAUAUAUUUCUCAUGAAAUGGUGGAAAAGAAUCAUAAUUUAUAAACUAUAGUUCAUUUUCAACUUUGCAAAUGCUUUUCGGGUGCAUGUAUUGAUGAAGCUGAAUAAAUUUAUUUUUAGUUAUACAAAGUAAU